ACCCCGGUCCCGGCCCCGGCCCGCUGCUUGGGGCGCCGCUCGCCUGCGGGCAGCCGGACCCCCGUUACCGGCUCCAGCGGCUGCUCCGGCCGAGUUCCGCACCCGGGGAUCCGCCCGCCCCCUCACCGGCCCCGGUGGCCCUCGGUGACCCCCCUUCGCCGGCCCCGUUCCGAGGCCCCAUGUCUCCUUUUCAGUCAGCACAAGUGUCUCUGGAGAGGCGUCUCCUUCCCUCCACGUUCAGAACCAUUGAACAGCAGAAGUGCUGCAGCUGUCGUGGGUUUGCAGCGUUGAGAACAUCGCUGCGAAUCUGAACACUUGCCUGUGUGAUUUUUUUUACCAAAGAGCUGUGGCAUUGCUGAGGACACCUCUGAUACAGCAGGAGCGCUAAUGACGUAUAUUGCAAAGAAGUGUGGUAUCUGCUUCCAGCCUCCCGCCAUUAUCUUGAUCUACAAAGAAGAUGGCAAGGACAAAACUCGCCAGCGCAUCAUGCCUGUCAGGCAUUUCUCCAGGUUCUCAGACUGUAGCUUGGCUGCUGAGCAGCUGAAGAACAACCCUCGGCACAAGGCUUACCUGGAAAGAGUCUCCCUGCGGCAGCUGGAGAAGCUGUACCGUUUGCUGAAAGGUCAUCUAGAAGGAGAGAGCCUGGAGGAGAGCUUGGAAAAGUUUCAGCAGGAAGAGACCAUUGACCCAGAAGAGGAUAUGAACAAACUAGAUGAUGAGGACCUAGCCAAAAGGAAGAGCAUCAUGGAUGAGCUGUUUGAGAAGAACAGGAAGAAGAAGGAUGACCCAGAUUUCAUCUACAACGUUGAGGUUGAGUUUCCGCAGCAUGAGCAGCUGGAGUCCUGUGGCUGGGACGUGGAGUCAGAUGAAGAAUUCUGAUUCCAGACAAAGAUGUCUUGGAUGGGCACUUCUGAGACAAAUCUGGUGGUCCUGACAGAGAGAAUGCCGUCACCGCAUGGGUUCUACUACAUCAUUCUCAGUUCAUGCCAUUAAUGUGCACUGUUGGCUCUCAGAACCCAGGGCCUGAGGAGCACCUCCAGGUUUAAGUGAACUUGGUUUGGGAAGGCAAACUUGAUGAAAUGGAAACUGAGCAGCUGAACUGACUGAGUGGUUUUAGUCUUUCCCUAUGUAGGAGUGCCUAAAUAAUUUUAAUUUAUUUACUUAUUUACUCUUUCAUUCAUUUACCUUUCAGUCAGCGUUGGCCAAGAGCCUCGCCAGCCUUGCUAUGGUUUCUGUUCAGCUUCGUCUGCCAACAAUGUGGUGGAUAACUGGGUCUUGAAAGCAGUGGUAAAGCUUCGUUGUGUCCCUAUAGUGUUACUUGCUGCAGUCAUAGAAUCGUGGAGCGAUUUGGGUUGGAAGGGCCCUCAAAGCCCAUCCAUUCCCACCUCCUGCCACGGGCAGGGACACCUCCCACUGGACCAGGGGCUCCAAGCCCCAUCCAACCUGGCCUUGGACACCUCCAUGCCACGGGAGACAGCACAGGGACAGAGUUAGGAGUCGCUGUUGUCCCUCGGGCGGCUUCCGGGCAAAAGAAGAGCUGAAAUAGGUCGAGGGAUUCCCCAGCUGGAGCCUGAGUAGAGUUUGAAGAUUUUGGAUAAAAAUAGGGCCAGGAAGCAGCCGUGUCCUUAGGCAGCAGGUUCCCAGAGCCUUACUUGCACCCAGUGGUGCUGGUUGCCCAGCCCAGCAGCCACCCAGGGACCAGUGACCUCAGUCCUUGUCCCCACACCAGAACUGGGAAGGAUGCUGCUCUGCCAGCCCCAUGCCAGCCUUGGCCCCUGCUGCCCCCCCAACAUGUGCCCCACACCAGCCUUGGCCCCUGCUGCCCCCCAACAUCUGCCCCAUGGCAGCCUUCGCUCUCGCUGCACCCUGGCAUCAGCCCCAAUGCCACACUAGCUUUGGGCAUCACCACCGCCUGGGACAAACCCAGUGUGAGAUGGAG